AUGGCUCCAGCUUCCUCUACUCUUCAAGCUCAAAUCCAAUCUCAAGAAUCAGAAUCAGAAUCAGAAUCACAAUCACAGCGUCAUUUUAGCCUGCCAAAAUUCGAUUUAGUCCUCAAAAUAAUCGACCUCAAUAACGUCCCCCUAGCCAGCGGAACCGCCUUCAUAAAAUGGACACUCCCUACCAGCACCGCCUCGGAACACUCAGGACAAACCACCCAAUCCCCCAUAAAAGAGCACAAAGUAUCCUGGGACUACACGCGCACCAUCCCUUUGCGCCUCACCAUCGACAAAAACAACCACCUCUCCGAAUGCCUCAUCCACUUCGACGUAAUCCAAGAAUACACCUCGGGACAAUCUUCCAAAGGGGAACGUGUGACACUGGGACACAUCACGUUGAAUCUGGCGGAAUAUGUAGACGAGAGUGAGGUUGAGGGGGAACAGGGUGUGGUGAGGAGAUACCUGAUGCAGGAGAGUAAAAUUAAUAGUACCCUGAAGAUCGGCAUUGCAAUGAGGCAGGUUGAGGGGGAGAGAAAUUUUGUGGCGCCGCCGUUGAAGAGUGCGCCGGUUUUUGGGGGGAUUGCGGGGAUUAUGAAGGGGGAGAAUGGAGAGGGGGAUGAUGUUGGCAAUACACCCCAACUCCCCAAACCCUCGGACAAAUCCGAUCUUCACGACAUGUACCGACGCGCCCUCGCCGCCUCCUGGUCCGCAUCCCCCGCCGAAAUGGCAGCCGAUGAAUGCGUCGAAGAUAUCUUUGCAGGCGGCGACGGCUGGAAACGCGAUCCGCUCGAUCCGCACAAUGCUCCUUCUAACGAUUUACAUACUCCGCGGAUAGUUCAGGAUGAGCUCAGUGCGAGUGGUGGGAGUGGAGAGGAUUUACGAAGGCAUAGGAGGACGCCCAGUGAUGCGAGUCAGAGGUCGAAUGUUACGGCUUCGAGUGCGAGGGUGGGGGUUGUGGGUGUGAGUGCGAAUGUGAAUGUGAAUGUGAAUGUGAAUGCAAAUGUGAAUGCGAAUGCGAAUGCGAAUGCGAAUGGAAGAGCAGAGGGCAGGGGUCACAGAUAUAAAAAGAGUAGCGACACGACACGCAGUGGUGUUUCGUCGAGCGGAGGAAGGAGUGUAAGUGGAGCUUCAGCACUGAGUUCGAGUUCGAAUAUGGGUGAUGAGGAGGGGGAAAGGGAGAGGGGGAGACAAGGGAGGGGUCUGGGUCAUGUUCCGGGUGGUCAUGGAUAUGCGUAUAAUCAUCCGAGGGAAGUGGAUGAAUUUGAUGUGAGAGAGGAUUUGGUGGCGUGGAAGUUGCCGGGUUAUGUUUCUUGA